AUGGGAACCAGGCCGGGCGCCGCGAGCGAAGCGGGCCGCGCCAUGCACCUGAUGAAGAAGAGGGAGAAGCAGCGUGAGCAGAUGGAGCAGAUGAAGCAGCGGAUUGCGGAGGAGAACAUCAUGAAAUCGAACAUUGACAAGAAGUUCUCUGCACACUAUGAUGCUGUGGAGGCCGAGCUCAAGUCCAGCACCGUCGGUCUCGUGACCCUGAACGAUAUGAAGGCCAAGCAGGAGGCACUGGUGAAGGAGAGGGAGAAGCAGUUGGCCAAGAAAGAGCAGUCAAAGGAGCUGCAGCUGAAGCUGGAGAAGCUACGAGAGAAGGAGCGCAAGAAGGAGGCCAAGCGGAAGAUCUCCAGCCUGUCCUUCACCCUGGAGGAAGAGGACGAGGCAGGUGACGAGGAGGAGGAGGUGGCUGUGGACGAGGAGGAGCUGGAAAGGGAAGAGAUCACCACAAAGAAGAGGAAAUUGGGGAAGAACCCUGACGUGGACACCAGCUUCCUGCCUGACCGAGACCGAGAGGAAGAGGAGAACCGGCUCCGAGAAGAGCUGCGGCAGGAGUGGGAAGCCAAGCAGGAGAAGAUCAAGAGUGAGGAGAUCGAAAUCACCUUCAGUUACUGGGAUGGUUCCGGGCACCGGCGGACAGUCAAGAUGAAAAAGGGCAACACGAUGCAGCAGUUCCUGCAGAAGGCGCUGGAGAUCCUGCGCAAAGACUUCAGCGAGCUCAGGUCGGCGGGCGUGGAACAGCUCAUGUACAUCAAGGAGGACUUAAUCAUACCCCACCACCACAGCUUCUAUGACUUCAUUGUCACCAAGGCACGAGGGAAGAGUGGGCCCCUCUUUAAUUUUGACGUUCACGAUGAUGUGCGGCUGCUCAGCGAUGCUACCGUGGAGAAGGAUGAGUCACACGCAGGCAAGGUGGUACUGCGGAGCUGGUACGAGAAGAACAAGCACAUCUUUCCCGCCAGUCGCUGGGAGCCCUAUGACCCCGAGAAGAAGUGGGACAAGUACACAAUCCGGUGAACGUGGAGGCUCCCUCAGCUCCCUGAAUCCUCUGCCCCCUCCCGGGGUCUCCAGGCGCUGCGCUCACCCCCCGCCCCAUCCCCACUUCCCUCAGCCCUGUCAUGACAGGGGUGACGGAUGAUGGGGCUGGCCAUCCCCUGCCCCUGGUGGUGUCACUUACUGCCUUUUUCUUUCAUGAUAAAUAAAUGCACACCUCAGAGUUGGAGCGCCUA